AUGCCGAAAAUGACCAUGACUAAGGCAUCCAAAGGGAAUGCCAAACUGCUGUCUGUCAAGGUCACCACAAUGGAUGCAGAAUUGGAAUUUAAGAUUGAGCCCAAAACAACUGGCAAGGAACUCUUUGACUUAGUUGGAAGAACGAUUGGCCUGAGAGAAACUUGGUACUUUGGGCUGCAGUACGUUGAUUCCAAAGGUUAUGUAGCUUGGCUGAAGUUUGAUAAAAAGGUGCUGGAUCAAGGCAUACCAAAGGAAUCUCAGAUUCACUUCACUUUCUUGGUCAAGUUUUAUCCCGAAGAUGUUUCCGAGGAGCUGGUUCAGGAGAUAACACAACAUCUGUUCUUUUUGCAGGUAAAACAGUCAAUUCUGAACAUGGAUAUCUACUGCCCCCCAGAAACUUCUGUCUUGCUGGCUGCUUUUGCUGUGCAGGCCAAGUAUGGAGAUUAUGAUCAGGCCACAUACCAACCUGGCAUGCUGGCUUCUGAUGACCUGCUUCCACAGAGAGUCCUUGAUCAGUAUCAGAUGACACCAGACAUGUGGGAGGAGAAAAUUAAAUUCUGGUAUGCUAAAAGACGGGAUAUGACAAGUGAUGAGGCUGAAAUUGAAUAUCUGAAGAUAGCUCAAGAUCUGGAGAUGUAUGGAGUCAAUUACUUUCAGAUAAAAAAUAAAAAGAACACAGACUUAUGGAUUGGUGUGGAUGCAAGAGGGAUAAAUGUUUAUGACAGAGAUAACAGGCUGGCCCCAAAAGUUGCAUUUCCCUGGAGCGAAAUCAAAAAUAUAUCAUUCAAAGACAAAAAGUUUACCAUAAAAAAUGUUGGGAAAAAGGAGCCAGAUUUUGUCUUCUAUGCACCCAAACCAAGAAUCAAUGAGCUGGUAA